AUGGGUUCUGCUCAAAUAACAUUUAAUGCAACCAAAUUUGUAGAAAUAACCGCUUGCAAUGAAACUGUUGUCCUCCCCUGUUUCCCUAAUAAUUUGGAACCGAAAAGUCUUGGCGACCUGUAUGUAAAGUGGAAAUUUAAAGGAAAAGACAUCUUCAUCUACGAGGGAAACAAAGACCAGGCUGCUGUAGUGAACAGUAAUUUUAGUAGUGCGCAGAUAGCAAUAUCAGAAUUACUCAAAGGAGUCGCCUCUUUGAAGAUGAAAAAGAGUGACGCCGUCCUUGGGAACUACACAUGCGAAGUAACAGAAUUAAGCAGAGAAGGUGAAACGAUCGUGGAGCUGAGAUACCGUGCCGUUUCCUGGUUUUCUCCAAAAGAAAAUAUUCUCAUCAUUAUUUUCCCAAUUUUGGCUAUACUUCUGUCCUGGGGACAGUUUGGUAUUGUGACACUUAAAUAUACAUCCAAUCGUACGAACGAAAAAACCAUCCUUAUGUUUGUCACUGGCCUGAUCCUCACCAUAAUUGUUAUAGUUGGAGCCAUUCUCUUCGUCCCUGGUGAAUAUUCAGUAAAGAAUGCUUCUGGUCUUGGUUUAAUUACAAUUCCGACGGUGGUAUUAAUAUUACUUCAGUGCUGUGCUUUUAUGACAGCUUUUGGGAUGACCUUCUUUGCCAUCGCCAUAUUGAUUCUUCAGGUGUUGGGCUUUGUACUGGCUGUGGUCGGACUAAGCCUCUGUAUCUCGGAAUGUACUCCAGUACAGGGUCCUCUGCUGAUUUCAGGUUUGGGUAUCAUAGCUCUAGCAGAAUUACUUGGACUAGUUUAUAUGAAAUUUGUGGCUUCCAAUCAGAAGACUAUACAACCUCCUAGGAAAGCGGUAGAGGAACCCCUUAAUGCGUUUAAAGAAUCAAAAGGAAUGAUGAAUGAAGAAUAAUUGAAGAGGCCUGAUGGAUUGUGAUGUGGCGUGAAAGGGAUGAAACAUGAAAGGAAUACACUUGAGACUAAGCCCCAUGGCCUUGACUCCGUGUUGGGGAGAAGAAAACAAGACAAUUUGGUCUGGUCUAAAUCUGUGGGAGAAAAUAAAUCAUUUACCUUUA